AUGGAAAAUAAAAAUAUAAUCAAAAAAAAAAAAUUCAAAAUACAUCUACAAUGGCAAGUAAUAAACACUUAUCAAAACAUGGCUGAAGAACAACGAAAACGUAUAGAACAAUUAAUGGGUAGAGACCAUGGAUCUCUUAUAAGACGUAUGGAAGUUGAGAUGACAUCUCCUCGAGUGUGCCGUGCAUUUUUAGUAGGAGUUUGUCCUCAUGACUUAUUUGUGGGAACCAAACAAGAUCUCGGUGAAUGUCCCAAUCUACAUUUACAGAAACAUAAAAUGGAGUAUGAAUAUCGAACCAAGAAGUUAGGAGAAAAGUUUCCUGAUAUAGAAUAUGAUUACUACAAGCAACUAUCACAAUAUGUUUCUGAGUUAGACCGCAAUAUCCAUAAUGCCCAACUUCGCUUACAACAUACAAAAGAGGAAAAGGAAAAAAUUGCUAAGGUGACCAAAGAGUUGGAUGACCUAGAUGUGGAAAUUGGGUUAAUGGUACAGGAGUUGAACUUUUUAAUUGAGAAAAAUCAAUCAAGCAAAGCCAUAGAAUAUUCAAUUGAGUUGGAUAAGAAAUGUCAGGACCGUGAAAAGCUCAGUCAACAAGCUCGUAAAAUUACAGAAAAUGUUGGUCAAACCUCACAACAGAAGCUACAAGUGUGUGAUGAGUGUGGGGCGUACUUGUCGAGAUUGGACAAUGACAGAAGAUUGGCAGAUCAUUUUGUUGGAAAGAUCCAUAUGGGAUAUCUUGAGCUUCGAAAUAACUUUAAAGAAAUACAACACAAGUACAAAAAAACUCGGUAUUGA